AAUUCUAUUUAUUUUUGUAUUUUAUUUUACUUUAUUUCAACUGCUCUGAAUGUACAAUAUUGAUGUGAUUAGUAUUAUAAGUUUUACUGUUAAUUGAUGUUCAAACGUGCAAGAAAUGUUUAUUUUUGUAAUUUUCAAUAAAGCAUUGGAGAAAAAAACAGAAGAAGAAGAAGAAGAAGAAGAAGAAGAAGAAGAAGUGUUUCCGGUUGAGUUGGGGGUCAGACUGAGAGACACCUGGAUCACUGAUCAUGCUGUUACAGAGAGCGCUGCGUAUCGGAGGGCUGACGCUGAGACUCAGCAGGUCUCUGCACCACAGUCCGGUCUGGAGGAGUCCUCUGAUCCCCAUCGUGGUGGAGCAGACGGGGAGAGGAGAGAGAGCGUACGACAUCUACUCUCGUCUGCUCAGAGAGAGAAUCAUCUGUGUGAUGGGUCCUAUCGAUGACUCUGUGGCCAGUCUGGUUAUUGCUCAGCUUCUCUUCCUGCAGUCAGAAAGCAACAACAAACCCAUCCACAUGUACAUCAACAGUCCUGGCGGUGUGGUGACCGCAGGUCUGGCCAUCUACGACACCAUGCAGUACAUCCUGAACCCCAUCUCCACCUGGUGUGUGGGUCAGGCAGCCAGCAUGGGCAGCCUGCUCCUGGCAGCAGGAACCUCCGGGAUGAGGCAUUCACUGCCCAACGCUCGCAUCAUGGUCCACCAGCCGUCAGGGGGGGCCCGGGGUCAGGCUACAGACAUCGCCAUCCAGGCCGAAGAAAUCCUGAAGCUGAAGAGACAGAUCAAUAAUAUCUACUCUAAACACACGGGACAGCUGCUGGAGACCAUCGAGUCUGUGAUGGAGAGAGACCGCUACAUGAGUCCCAUGGAGGCCCAGGACUUCGGCAUCAUCGACCGGGUCCUGGUCCACCCCCCCCAGGCCGGCCAGGACGAGCCUGAGCUGGUCCAGAAGGAGCCAGCACCAGCAGCCAGCUCCCCCUCCCAGCCAGAGUCCACGGGGCCGGACCAGAGCCUGUCUGGGACCAGCCCCCCCUCCUCGUAUAAACCUGAACCAUGAACCACAUGGACCAGCCCCCCCUCCUCGUAUAAACCUGAACCAUGAACCACAUGGACCUGGUUCUCCUCUCAUAAACACUCUGCAGGCUCCAGGGUUCAGACACAGACCGGCCCCCCUUUUACCUUUUUAAAUUACUUUAGACGUGAUUCCUGAUGAGAUAAGUCCCAGAGCUGAUGGCUUAAAGUCCCCCAGAGUUAGACCCCGACCCGUCUGAGGCAGAUACUGAGGGAUGAUGAUGAUGAUGAGGAUACUGAUGAAGAUGAAGAUGAGGUAACUGAGGGGUUAAUGGAGCGUCUUCAUCUGUAGCUUGUUGCUGCAGAGACGUCCUCUGACAGUGGACAGGACCUGUGCAACUUCUAACUCAAUACUCAUAUUUGUAAUAAAUAAAUAUUGACCUCAAUUCACAAAACAUGAACUUGUUCUUGUUCUAUAUUUGUCUCAUAUUCACCCUGAGAUCAAAGUAACUCAACUCUGUCAUCUAUAAAAGCAAGAAGUGUUUGUGUGUGUCAAGGUUAUUAUAGUUAACGAAAACUAGAAUUGAAAAACAU